AUGACGAUUCGAUGGCAAAAUAUUGGCACAUUGUCUGGGAUUUUCACGCUGGCAUCGAUGUGUCUCACCUUUGCCACGAUGGUGACGAUCACGCUUUUCUCGGUUGACGGGAAUUUGUAUUUUAUCGUGUAUCCGGAUCGUUACGGUUGGCAAAUCCUAUACGCUCCAAUGUUGUUUGUGGUUUUCGUUUGGUCGACAAUUCUUUUUGUCGGCGUCAUCAUGGGAAAUGAGAUGGCGGGAAGAAUUGGGAAAUUAAAGUGUCUAAUCGGGAACGGUAUCGCAAUCGCAUUGUUAAUUGUGACCGGUGUUCUGCUCGUGAAUUACUCAUCGAAAGCCUCAAGAUGGAGUGAUGGAAGGUUUAAGACUCGCUUCAUUUUUGGCUGUAUUUUCUCUUGGAUCACUUUUUUGCUUUACUUAGCCGAAUUCGUCGUGACUCUCGUGUGGAAA